UCCUGUAUCGCUCAUUCCGCCGGCUGCUGCGUCAGUCUCUGAAACUUCUCUAAAAGAGGGAAUUUUUUCCGCAAUUGAUUUCUGGGGUGGGGCCGGGCGAGCUGGGGGGCGGGUGGAUUUAAAACAUGAGCAGAGCCCCAGAGGGACGGAGCCGCAGACUUUUUUUUCCCCCGGCCUGGAAGAAUUGCUGAAGGACGGCCGGCUUUGCGGAUCGCCAGCCCAUUCAUACGCCUCCCCGGUCCAGCUCUGCGUCCUGAACUCAUGGAGUGCUUCUGGACGAGCGUGUUGUUCUCCUUGGUGGUGGCAGACGUCGUUGGCCUUCAGUGUUAUUCUUGUCAUGACCACAGUGACUGCCAGGAAACAGAAGUAUGUGAAGAGCAUCAGGAGAAGUGCAGGUCCACCGUCAUGACCAUAGUAGUUCGACCUAAGAUCUCCACCUACUUCCUCAAGGGCUGUGACGUGAGCGGGAAGCCCAAUAACUCCAUCUCACACCUUUCGGGUGAUCGGGUUGUGUUUUUGGCCGAGGAGUAUUGUGAGACUGAGCUGUGCAACGGUGGUGUACCCAAGGAAGCACCUCGUGUGGGAGAUAUGAUCCGUGCCCGAGGCCGCAAUGACAACAUCCUGAGUUGCUAUUCCUGUACAGCUGCUGAUAAGACUUGUAACAACUCCAGUCUCACACAGAUGCGCUGCUUCUGGCCCAAGGAAAGGUGUGUGGACAUCACUUCCUUGACUGAUCCAGAAGAAUCUCCCAGGGAUCAAGAACGUAUCAAGGGCUGUGGCCAGCUUUCCCACUGCCAGGAGACUCUGGGCUUCCACAAUCACAAGAGUUUCCACAUGAUCAAGUGUUGUAACUCCAGCUGGUGUAACAAUGAUAUGCAAGAUUACAAGAAGGAUCCCUUGCCCUUGAAUGGGGUCACGUGCCACAGCUGCGAAGGAAACACAACCCACGGUUGUGCCACAGAUAACAUUGCAAAGAUGCAAUGCCGAGGCCCUAUGACAAGCUGCCUGGAAGCCUCAGGAAUCCAUGGCAUCUCUGGAAAGAAUUCAGUCCUCAAAGGUUGUGCUUCCCCAUCUUGGUGCAACAGUCCCUAUACCUCCGUCUAUAAGAACCUGGGUAGCGUAGAAACCCACUGCUGUGUUGGUGAUCUGUGCAACAGCUUGAUCAUUGAUGGACAGCUAAGACCAUCUCCAAGGAGCCGAGCCAGCCGCUUCAUCUUGGCUCCACAAACUGUUAUUUCAACGGGUCUCCUGCUUUUUGUGGUUUUUCUCCUCUCUUCAGAAAGCUCCUGAUCUCCAAGAGGAAAAUAGAGGCUUAAUCCAGACCUGGACCAACUAGGACUUAGAACUGUGACCUUUUCUACUCUCCCCAAUAAUUAAUGGAGCUGUGAAUAAAUAUGUGAUUACUGCUGGAGAGGCCCUGAUUAUGCCGAAUGCACGACUCACACUAUUAAAGAGUCACCCAUCCCUACAAAACCAGGGGUGAAGGGACCAGUCUCGGGGACCAGAGAGCACAGGUUUCAAGCAGGCAUGAGCCUCUAAACCUUCACCCACCAUUUUUUUUUUAAAUGGUCAUUAUCCAAACUAUCCAUCCUUACUUGAGAGUAAGUUUUGUUGACUAAAUAAGAUGACAGGCUUCCAGAUCAAUAUGGAUAGCUUGGUGGGAAUUAACUUAUGUUUUGUGAAAGAAGAUUAGUGGCUAAGAAGGGUCACGCUUUGUGACAUCUUGGAUUUCUGCUGAACAGGAGGAAUGUAAGUAAAGGCUGCUGAAUUAAAGGUGCUGGACACCCAUCCUGUGGUGAAAAUCCUUUUUUUUUUAAAUAGCCUGCUAAAUAGAACACCAAGAAAUUUCCCAUUCCUGUUAUUUAUACCUUUUUGAUACUAUGAAGGACUCUUUUUAGCUGUUUCAACCAAUGAAGGUUUAGCCCUGUGGCCUUUUAAAAUUUGGAUGGGGCACUGAAGAGCCACCCCUGCCUUGCCUACAAAGUUUGAAUAGUUGUUGACAUGGGGAAUUUAUGCAAGAAGCAGCUAAUUUCCUCUUUCAGAAGUUUCUUAACAGUACGGAAUGGU